AUGGAAAGCCAUUAUUGUCGUAAAAAGACUUCAAAAUUGUACCUUGAAACUUUAUGGGAGUCAAAAGCUCAACUUUUGAAAGUUUACAAUAACGAGUUCUGCAAAGAUAAUAACUGCGAUCCUGUUAGCAUUGCGACAUUUAGUGAGGUUUUUGAACAAAUGAAUUUAAGCCUAUAUCAGCCAAAAAAAGACGCUUGCGAUCUUUGCGAGAAAUACAAGACCAAGAAUGUAAGUGAGGAAGAAUACAAAUGUCAUAUCAAAAAAAAAGAAAGUGCAAGAGUAGAAAAAGAAAGCGACAAGAAAAGCACAAAAGAAGUAACUAUGGACUUGCAAGCAGUACAAUUAUGUCCUAGAUCAAAUGUUUUGCUCACUUUAUUUUAA